AUGAACGACCCACGUAGUAUGGUCAGUCUCUUUUCUGUCCUCACUUCUGGUGAUUUUGGUCUAACAAGACAAUAUAAGAUGAUUGGAUGGGGUGCACUGCUCUUCGCAGCAGGCAGCGGGUACUACUUCGCUCGGAAGGACCUGAACGAGCGAAGGAGGGAACAGGCGAGGCAGGGCCUGAGGGGACCUGCUAUGGAUUGGCGGGAGAAAAUCGAGCAGAACAGUGACGCUCUGCAGUCCGCGAGCGGUACUAAAAAUAGCGCAACGCCUAGCAGCGGGUCAAAAGUAGUACCUACUCCAAAUCCGAAGGAGCCGCCUGAGGGAAAACCAAGCUGA